CGGUUCGACAGUGAAAAAAAGAUUGCUUCUUUUCUCUGCUUUGUUGGUGCCAUGGACGACCUGUGAAGGAGAUCCCUGUGGGGGAAUAGGGGGCCUGUGCGUUGAGCAGCGGCGCUCGUUUAGGAGGACUGGAUAAGGAUGCGGCUUCUCUCUGUGUGUUCCUCCGGAUUUUGGCACGGCAGGAGGUGCUGGAUUUGGGGGAUUUGAAUUUCUUGCGGUUUGGAUCCUGGGUUGCUUGCUCCCUGCGCAAGAGAGAAUAUGCCUUUUCCUGGGAAUGGGAUUUACCGUACUGAUUUCUUGCCUUGUUAGGAGAUCCCGUCUUAUCCGAAUCAUUCGAGUAUUAGUCUUCCCCUAGAGUCCCUCCUCCUCGGUACUAUAUAUCUGCGAGAAAUCCACUCCCACUUUAAAGCUAGGUUUUCAGUUUCGAAAUCCCCCCAAAAUCUGGCUCUUUUUUCACGCCAUCGUUAAUAAGCGGGAGCGGUAAUUCUUUAGUAGUAGGAGUAGACCACGCAACGCAAGACGGGUGGUCGAGGAGUCGUCUUGGUAAACAAAGGGUAUUGGAUUCGGGUGACUUGGUAUGUUUAUCCUAAUCCAAGUCGCAGUAUUUCCUUUCGUUUUGUGGACAGAGAUGGCUGGCUUGGCUCUAUAUAAAUAUUCGGUGCCAACUGUGGGAGGUAUAUUUACCGUCUACUACUACGUAUAGUUUAAGCAGAGUGGUGCCUGUUCAGAGGUGAUCAUUAGCCUUGGUAAAGGGUUUGAGAGAUCAGGAGUUCUUUGGCCGGUCGCAAAGGUCAAUCUGGGUUGGGUCGGAGGGGGUAGAUGCUGCAGAGCUUUUGCGUUUGAGUUGGUUGGAUUACUUGCCAUCAGUUUGUCGAAUUCACCAGAGAUGGAAUUCUUCAGCGAAUACGGCGAUGCCAACAGAUACAGGAUUCAGGAAAUCAUUGGCAAAGGAAGUUAUGGGGUUGUUUGUUCAGCUAUUGACCGACAUACCGGUGAGAAGGUAGCGAUCAAGAAGAUACAGAAUAUCUUCGAGCAUCUGUCCGACGCUGCUAGGAUCCUCCGUGAGAUCAAGCUUCUCCGGCUGCUAAGGCAUCCUGAUAUUGUUGAGAUCAAACAUGUCAUGUUACCUCCAUCGAGGAGGGACUACAGAGAUAUUUAUGUUGUAUUUGAACUGAUGGAUACUGACCUUCACCAAGUUAUUAAGGCUAACGAUGACUUGACAAAGGAACACCACCAGUUCUUUCUCUAUCAAAUGCUGCGUGCGCUGAAAUAUAUUCAUACUGCUAAUGUUUAUCAUCGUGAUUUAAAGCCAAAAAAUAUAUUAGCAAAUGCUAACUGCAAACUCAAGAUAUGUGAUUUUGGGCUAGCAAGGGUUGCAUUUAAUGACUCUCCUACCACAGUUUUCUGGACGGACUAUGUUGCUACCAGAUGGUACAGGGCUCCUGAGCUGUGUGGAUCUUUCUUUAGUAAGUAUUCACCGGCUAUUGAUAUGUGGAGCAUCGGUUGCAUUUUUGCGGAGAUUUUGACUGGGAAGCCUUUAUUCCCUGGUAAAAAUGUGGUUCACCAGUUGGAUUUGAUGACUGAUCUCCUGGGCACACCAUCAGCAGAAACUAUUUCACAGAUUCGAAAUGAGAAAGCAAGGAGGUAUCUGAGCAGCAUGAGGAGGAAACAGCCAAUACCCUUUUCAGAGAAGUUCCCCAAUGCAGAUCCUUCGGCGCUAAAGCUCUUACAAAGGCUUCUAGCAUUUGAUCCUAAGGAUCGACCAACGGCUGAAGAGGCGUUGGCUGAUUCCUAUUUUAAAGGCAUUGCAAAAGUGGAGAGGGAACCAUCCUGUCAGCCAAUUUCGAAAAUGGAAUUUGAGUUUGAACAGAAGUUUACCAAAGAGGACGUCAAGGAACUUAUAUUCCAGGAGAUACUGCAGUACCAUCCUCAACUUCUGAAGGAUUACAAGAAUGGCUCUGAAAAAACGAGCUUUCUAUAUCCCAGCGCUGUUGACAGGUUCCGUAGACAAUUUGCUAGCUUAGAAGAAAAUGGAGGGAGGAAUGCCACACUUGAUAGGAAGCAUGAAUCUCUCCCAAGGACAACUACCGUUCACUCCACUACAAUUCCUGCAAAGGAAGGCCCAGCAGCUACCUCCCAGGUCGCUCAAAGGAUUCCAGCAGCUAGACCAGGAAGAGUGGUAGGUCCAGUAUUACCAUUCGAGAGUGCAAGCGUCACUGAUCAACACAUCGCGCGACGGGUGGCAAGGAAUCAAGCUGUUCCUCCAGCAACCAACACCUCGUCAGUCUACUGCUACCACCUGAAAUCAGACAGCUCUGACAGGCAGGAGCAUCAGGUAGAGCGUGAGAAAGACCGGAGGCAGUAUAGGCAAGGGCAGCAUCUCAUGGAUGCCAAGGUAGCACCUGAGAUGGGCCGGGACAUACGCCCAUCACAGUACUAUGUCUCAAGGGGCAUGCCCAAAGCUGAUCUAACAGACAGGGCCACUCUCCAUAGGAGCACGCUGCACGGCGUUGCUCCCUUCAAUAGCAUCGCAGCGGUCGCUGGUGGGUACAGUCAGGCCAGUGUUCUUCACUACGGAGUUACAAGUUUGUACUAGAGCAAUGCCCUUGGGAGGGAGGGUAAUAAGAUGGGGAAACCGGAGUGCAGCUCCAGCUGCCCUUCCCUAUGCCUGAAAAUUCGGAGCACGCGCAUACCUGUUCGACCAUGCAGGUGUCCAGAAAGGAUUUUCAGUCUGGGAAAUGGCGUGUGUCGCCUUUCAUUGCUCUUGUUUGAUGAGCAAUGGGGAUGAUCUCGGGCCAACGUUGUGAUCUCCCUUAUGCCGCAAGAAGUGAAGAGCAGAGCGGUUGCCAAUUCUCACGGGUCACUGCCUGCCCCUUUCGAAGAAAGGGGGAAGAUUAUCCAUCUGAAGAGAAGGCUAAGGGAAAUUUGUGGAUAGGUGUACAGUGCAACGCUUAAUUUUGUAACCAACUGAAACGUUCUGUUCCAGUUAUAAACAUUUAAAUCAUAUAAUGAUGAUGUUUAUAGGUGGAAUUUUCCAAAUGGCCAUUACAUAUGUCUCCAUCAAAUUAUAUGCAUAUUCAGCGUACAAUAAUAGUUACGUCAAAUCAUUAACAGAUUUGUAUUCA